AGGAUUCUCUGCGACGUGCCGUGCAGUGGCGACGCCACGCUGCGCAAGAAUCCGGACAUCUGGACAAAGUGGAAUCCCGCGCACGACACGAAUCUCAAUGGUGUGCAGUUCAGGAUAGCCAAGAGAGGCGCUGAGCUGCUGACGAUCGGCGGGCGUCUGGUGUACUCCACGUGCUCCUUCAAUCCCGUGGAGAACGAGGCGGUGAUUUUGCGUCUGUUGAAGGAGUCCGAGGGCGCGCUGGACUUGAUUGACGCCUCCAGUCUCGUGCCGGGACUGAAGUUCUCGCUUGGGAUGCAGAAGUGGGAGCUGGCGGCGAAGGACAUGAGUUUCUACGCGGAUUUCCAGGCAGUUCCCGAGCAGUAUCACAUAAUCUUGCGCCCGCAGAUGUUCCCGCCGGAGGAUUCUUUGUGGCGGUGCUGGUGAAGACCAGAGCCAUGCCGUG